AUGCGUCGUUGCAACAAUCAAUUGAGCCCUCCGACUCGCGGAAUAUCCACGCAGACGCCGACGAGUUCGCCGUCUCCUAGUAGGCACGACGUGUUAUGCGUUUCACCCAUCCUCCAGGCCUCCGCGUCCCCGAAAUCCCCAAAUCUCACUCUAAAUCCGCACCACGACAACGCAGCUGACCUCUUCUCCUGCAUCGAUUACUCAGCUCGCACCUCGUACGUGUACGCACCCAGCCGUCGUGUGCGCACGCUCACGGAUCUCGAAAUACACGCACGGACAGUGAGUAUUCGAGGCCUGAGGUCAUUCUGCAUCAUGCCUGCGUCCCUGUAUGCCCUGCAAUUCAGUUUCUGGCUCGGCACGCGCACGCAGAAGGGAGAACCUGUCAACUCUAAAAAGUUACCGCAUGCGUACAAGAGACCGCACCGGCUCUGCACGAGGCGAGGUCACCUGCACGCGCAGGAGGGGCAGCUGACAUCAAUAUCCUCGGGAGGAACAUCCUCUGAGACGUUUGAGUUGGCCGGGAGGCGCACGAUCCCACAGCGUAACGUCAAUGCCGCAAGCAAGCGUAUCAAUCCCAUCUUCUUCUGUGUUUCUCAUGAUGAUUGCGCCAUCGAGGGGCUCUAUACCAAUUUGCGGACGGAAUCACCACUCACACGACCGUCUAUGCUUCUAACCGGCAGCGAGACAAUGCAUGUUGCCGAGUUCUUUGCGUGCAAAGGCAAGUGCCACGUCUAA